AUGGUGCAUCGGUUUUAAAAUUAUUUAUAGCAACAAAGACUUUGAUUUAUGAUAAAUAAUAAACAAUAAUUACAAUAAUAAUGAAAAUAAUAAUUGAUAUAAUUUUUUAAUAAAACUGUGAGCGUGUUUUAUAAAUUAAUAAUGAUUCAAAAAAUAAUUUAGCCACGUGGUAAAAUGAAUACAACAAAAUGUGUCACUCACAUGAAUGGAGUAAAUUGUUCCCACGUGGAUGUCAGACGCGCAAAUUUAUACAAUUAUAUAUUUAGAGAAUCCUUAAUAAGGAAGUGAGAUCACAAGAAACAACAAUACAAUACAAUUAAAGUUAAAUCAUUAUUCACUUUCAUUUCAAAUUAUUUAUAAAAUAUUCAAUUCAAGUUUUCAAAUAAACCACAUUCAUUUUUAUUAAUUUUUCUAUUGUGCCCACAAAUAUAUACUAAGUAAUUUAUAUCAAUUAAAAUAAUAAUAAUUAUUAUUGUUAACUAAUAAAUUAUUUACAAAUUUUCCUUUACUUAAUUAGCGAGCCUGUGAUUUUUUUUUAAUUGCGGAAAUUUAUUUCGCGGCUUUUAGUCACGUGUCAUUCCAGAGCGUAAUUUUGAAAACAAACCGCAUAGCAAUGAAAAGUUAUUAGACCUUGUAUUUAUUUCAACUAAUUCUAGGGAUUAUUUUAAACUGUAUAUUAAUUUUUGACUCACUCGACUAUAACACAGACGACAAACAAAAGUUUUAUACGAUAAAGUACAGGGAUUUAUUUUAAACGGAUCGAAAUGUAAAUAUUUGAAAAAUUCCUCGGUAUGCCUGCUUAUAUCUCAAAUAUAGCCGUGUAAAAAAUAGAAGCUCAUAUAUUAUGCGACAUGACUUAUGCCUGUUAUUAUUAUUUUCUUCAAAAUGUAUGUCAGCGGAAUUUAAAGUGAAUUAAUAUAAUAAAGUGGACGUAUAUGCGUUUGAAAUAUCGAUUAAGAGAUGAGUGUGGAUGAGAAUGAGGGCGCAGUCGCGACGGCGUCGCGACCCUUACGGAGAAGUAUCGGAGACAUCGCCCGUAUUUGGAUCCACUCUUUGAGGACCAAAACUAAUUUAUCUCGCGAUGAGAGUGCUGAUGAUUGGCCUGCCGAUCGGAGCGGUAGGUCCUUAUUGUCGCGAAUUCGCGGCGACAUUGGGCAUUACGUUGUCGAGGGCCUGAGUAAAAGUAAUUCGAAAGCAAUCGAUGCUUCCGGGGAAUCAACAGCUGAUUCUAGUGACAGAUCUGAUAUCAUAAUGGGCAAUCAUCAGAGUGACGGUAAGAAACGUCAAAAAAAACACAAUGUGGGAGCUGAUACAAAUGUCCAAGUUAAUUUUGAAAAAGUUCACACCCCAGGGAAAAGGCCGGCACCACAACCGCCUAAAAUUCGACAGGCGGCUCCGGCAGUCCCAACGAUACGGCCGGAUGACAUCAAAGUUACAGUGGAAUCUCCAAAACGAGCGGAAGUACCGGUUGAAAAACUUCAAGAGGUAGAGGUAAAAUUUGAAGAGGAGGAGGUUACUACGUCCUGUCCGCUCCCACCUGUAGACCCGCGGAGCUUCGAUGAGGCUCCCGCACCCGCAGUAUCCUCGAGUUCUUUCUCUGGUUCCGUGGACGCACCAGGUGCUCCCGCGGCAGCACAAAUACCCUCGCAACUAUUGACGAUCGACCCUCAGCUUCUCGUGACCGAUUCGUGGCGACGUGCAAACGCAAAUGUGCUGAAGUUAUCUGACAUUCCGACACCACCCAGUCAAGCAUCCUCCAGUGACAGUAUUUUUACUGAUCCCGAGGAGAACGGUAUGGUGGCUGAUACUAGUGCACCUCAUCAGACAAUUAGCUCUCUGACAACCAAAAAAUCACGGCAACAUCAACUUCAAAACAACAACAACAACAACAAUAGUUUAUCGACCUACAACCGAAAGAAAAAUUUUUCCGUAACCGGACACCGGAAAAUCGAAGGCAACUCAAAUUCAAAUUCACCGAAUAAUCGACUUGUCUCACCAUCGCUUAACGGAUCUUAUCGCAGACACAGUACUAAUGAACAAUUACCUAAUCCGAGUGUCGCUUUAAGAAGAGUAUCAAGUUUUACAUCCGCCAAUACUUUAUCACGUCGAUCAGCAUUUCCGCUCGCCGAAAAAUUCACCGGUCAACAUCUAAUAAACUUGCUUACGUCUGAAAUUCCUGAACAUUUACGGAAACAACUUUCAGAUGGGGAUCUUAAUAAAUUCACUGCUGCGCUUUACUCUCAACUACAGGCGAUAGGAAUAAUCAAACCACUUGGAGAUAAGUCGAUAAAUAAAACUUUUUCGGCGGAUCAAGUUUACUAUUGGGAUUCGCUGAUACCAGCGAAAUUACCAACAGAGAACCGUAACAAUGAGACAAAAUAUUCGGCUGAGUUUGUUAAAGGCCUCGAAGAUGAGAUUACGAGCUUACGUACGGAGGUCGAGAGACUUAAAAUACUGGUUGAAAAAUUGGAAAGACAGAAUAGAGAUAAAUCAGAGAAUCUCGCGGUUAUGAGAUCAAAAGCCAGCUCACCUAUGCCGAGAGAUGACAAUAAUUUAGAAUUAAACAGAAGCUGUGUGUCGUCUGAGAGCGGAAGAUUCACUGGUAGUUCAAUAGACUUAUCACCGAUUUCUCAUCAAUUAUCGGAUAGGGUCCAGGAUGACUCUUUGGUGCUACCGUCCGGUUUGUCCACUAUUUGUGAAGCUGACAGAAUAAACGAUGAAACCGAGUACAAAACGCUGUUACCAUAUAGAAAAUUAUCUAAUGCCGAAAAAAAAAUUACGGAUCAAGUUAAUCCGGAGUCGGAUCCUACGGUGGAUGUCACAGAUGACAUUAACAGUUGCCAAAAUAUAGUAGAUAGUGUUAAACAAUCCGAGUCACUGGAAAUUAAAAAUAAUACUCGCAGGAAAUUGGAUUUUGUCCAAGAUGAUACUGGGCUACAUGAGAGUUUACAGGGCACUAAAGAUUUAUCAAUCAUAAAGUCUGAUGGGAGUGACUCCCAAUCAAUUUCACAGGAAAUUAAAGACUUAAAAGUAGAUGAUAGUAUUUCAAAACCACCACCUCCACCACCUUUACCUACACAAGAAAUAGUUACUGAUGAUAAUGAACAGUCUGCAAUUCCUAAACCCCCGCCACCUCCACCAAUACCUAGCUUUGAAAGUCCUCAUUUACCGAUUCCAGUACCAAGUGAACCUUCACCACCACCCAUGCCAGUUUUGAGUGGUCCACCUCCACCACCACCACCUUCAAUGCCAGAACUGAGUGGACCUCCACCACCACCACCACCUCCAAUGCCAGAACUUAGUGGACCUCCACCACCACCACCACCUCCAAUGCCAGGACUGAGUGGACCUCCACCGCCACCUCCAAUGCCAGGACUGGGUGGACCUCCACCACCACCCAUACCAGGAUUUAGUGGUCCACCUCCCCCUCCACCACCUCCAAUGUCUGGUUUAACUGGACCACCACCACCACCACCCAUGCCAGGACUAGGUGGACCCCCACCACCUCCAAUGCCAGGAUUAAGUGGCCCACCACCUCCUCCACCACCUCCAAUGUUUGGAGCUGGUCCACCUCCGCCGCCACCAAUACCAGGAAGUGGUUCAACAGGACCUCCACCACCUCCCCUGCCAUUUUCCGGUAGUCCAGCAGCACUACCUACUCCACCUGUCGGAGGCUGGAAUCCUCCCGCUCGAGCAAGUAUGCGAAAAGAGCCUCUAGCGCCAGAAGUACCAAUGAAACCUCUCUAUUGGACAAGAAUAAUCAUCCCAGCUGAUCAACAACCUGUUAUUCCCGCUACCUCUCCAGAUGCGCCUCCACAAGUCCCAUUGUGGAUAGAAAUCGAAAAACAAGAAGAAAAUUUAAAUAUGAAAGAGUUCGUAGAUCUCUUUUCGCGCCAAGUGAUUGAACGUAAGCCAACAAUAAAAAAAGAAGAGUCCGACAAACCGUCGAAAAUUCAACCAGCAAAAAUACUCGACUCUAAGCGUUCCAAGACUGUCGGUAUCCUCGAAAAAAGUUUACGUGUUGAUUUCAGCGAAGUUGAAAACGCCGUAUACAAUCUCGACACCAGUAUCGUCAGUCUAGAAGCACUCAGACAGAUUUAUGAAAUAAUGCCAACGGCCAAAGAAAUGGAGGACAUCACCGCCCACGAAAAAGAGCAUCCAGAAAUACCGCUGGAUCGUCCGGAGAAGUUUAUAAAACAGUUGUCAACUAUUAAAAAUUUCAAUGAACGCAUCGCCUGCUUGAUGUUUCAGUCCGAAUUCCACGACGCUAUUUCAUCAGUGUCAACAAAAUUAACAAACUUGCGUUCAACUUGUGACUAUCUACGCAACUCGCAGUCCCUAAAAAGAGUAAUGGCACUAAUUUUAACCCUGGGCAAUUAUAUGAACGGUGGUAACCGCAUGCGAGGGCAAGCCGACGGUUUCGGUCUUGAAAUUCUCAGCAAACUAAAAGACGUCAAAUCAAAAGUACCUGGGGUUACACUCCUACAUUAUCUUGUACGCGUCAGACUAGAACAAGAGGGCAACUAUAAUUUUGACGAAAUGUUAGCGCUACCGAUUCCCGAACCCGCAGAUAUUGAAGCCGCCUCGACAAUUAAUUUCGAGGACAUAAUCAAAGAAUUGGAUCGGUUGGAAAAAGAAUUACAGAGGUGCGAAAAAAAUUGCAAAGUUGUAACAGAGUCGUCGCCUGAAAAUUCAACGACUGCAUUCACUGAAAAAAUGGAUACAUUUUUAACCCGAGCUAGAAACGAACUUGUCAGUGAAAAAGAGAAUUUGCAGGAAGCGCGGGCUAGAUUUAAAGCCGUUAUGCUUUUUUAUCAGUAUAUUCCUAAAGGCACUAGUGUAGACACUGCCGACCCGAAGGACUUCUUUGGGCUGUGGAUCAGUUUCUGCAAGGACUUCAAAGACAUCUGGAAGAAGGAGCAGCAGAGAUUGAAGAAGGAGCGCAUGAAGACGAUAAGGAAAAAAUUAGAAGACAAACGGAAAGUUGAAACGGACAAAGUUGUCCCGGGUGGUCUGAAAGACCGACUUCUGAAACUGAUGGACAAAAAUAAGAGGUAGUUUGUACCAAAAGAAAAUACGAAAUGAUGAACACCUUGACUACUAUUAUAUAUAAUGCACAAAAAUCUAUCGCGUUAAAAAAUUUGUUACUAUAUUUUAUUUGAUGUUAUGGAUGAUCUAACUGAUGAUCACAUCCAAGUAUAAAUAAAUCUGUAAUUAUAAAUUUAAUUAUGCUUCCUUGAGCAGUAGCUGUACUUUUUUUGUUUAUUAAAAUAAUUAUAGUAUGAAUUGUUAAUUAAUUGAAGUAACAUUUGUUAUAUUUAUUACGCGCACGAAUUAUUUAAUUAUUGUUAUAUUUUUAAAUAAACUAUAAGUUUAGUACUCGUUGAACGAAGUAGAACUUUAAUAAAUAAA